CAACUCAACUGAUCUAACAAUUCAAUUGAGAAAUAGCCYUAAACUAACUGAUCCUAACMAUGAGAUUAGCAAUCAUUUUAUUUUUGUGCGGAUGGGUAGCCGCUAAUGACUCUAAUAAUUUUGGCAAUCAAUUGCACGAUAAAGUGACCGGUUUUCUCGGAAAUCUUUCUAAUCGGUUGCAAAAUGGCGAACACCAGCUCUUAGAUAAUCUGGAAAAUGCCGCCAAUAAUAUCAAUAAACACUUCGAAAAGGCAGUCAUUGAGGAUAAAAAAAMWCUUGAAAAUCUCUACAAACAGAUCCAACAGAAAAUUCAGGAGUUAAAGAAACGACUCCAUCCCGAAGAUAAUACCGAUGCCAUCAAUACCCGAGUGGCCAGARGUUUGUUUAGCAAUGUUGGCGAUAGAACUCACGAUCUGUUGCGCAAAGCAGAAGAAAAAKCACUGGAAUUGUUGAAGAAARAAGACAAACRACUCAAACAACAAAUUGAAAAGUCUUCCGGAGAACAGAAGGAGAUUCUUCAAAGAACCGAAAAUUUCAUUAAACAAAAGAUCAAUGAAUUGGAGAAUCUUUUGAAUCGCAACGGAACCGAAGCCAACGCCAGAGUGACCCGCAGUUUGAUUAGCAGUGUUGGAGAUAAAGCUCGCGAUUGGGUGCGCAAAAUGGAGGAAAAAGCAUUGGAACUGUUGAAAGCAGAAGACAUACAACUGAAAAAAGAAAUUGAAAAGUCUUCUGGAAAACAGAAAGAGAUUCUCGAAAAUGCCGAUAAAAUUGUUAAACAAAAGAUCAAUGAAUUGGAGAAUCUUUUGAAUCGCAACGGAACCGAAGCCAACGCCAGAGUGACYCGCAGUUUGUUUAGYGAUAUUGAAGAUAAAGCUCGCGAUUGGAAGCGCRAAGCAGAAGAAAAAGCAUUGGAACUGUUGAAGGAAAAAGACCAACAACUCAAAGAACAAAUUGAAAAGUCUUCCGGAGAAMAGAARGAAAUUCUUCAAAGAGCCGAAGRUUUCGUUAAACAACAGAUUCAAAAAUUGGAAAAUCUUCUGAAWCGCAACGGAACCGAUGCCAACACAAGAGUGACCCGCAAWAUAUUUGAUGACUUCAWAAAUGGUGCAAAUAAUUUGUUAGAUAACAUUMAGMAUCGUUUCCAAGAAGCACCAGAAAAAAUARCAGCCGAUAUCGAUGGCGUCAAAAAUCUGAUUCAAAACAAAGUACAACAGAUGACCGAGAAUUUGAAAAAAGCCGUUAAGRAUGGCAGUCAAGAGGCACAAGAACUGCAUAAAAAGUUAACAGACUUUCUGAACAACAAAAUASAAGAAUUGGAACAAAAMGAAAGUGAAUUGCAAAAGAAAAUCCAAGAAUCAGAACCCGAAGUGAAAGAAAAAUUGAACAAAAUUUUUGAUAAACUCGAGAAAGAAGUUCAAGAAUUGAAGAAACAAUUGAAURAACUGACGGGAGUCAAGGCAUAAGUUAUUGUUAUUAAUACACAUAUAAUAAUAAUAUGAUUUAUAUCUAUUCAAAAUGUUUUMUCUUUUAACUCUCUCCUCAAAAUGUUAUCCUUUUUAUAAAAUGUUAAAUUUUUUAAAUAACUUUUAAUGUAUAUUUUUAAAUCUUCAAAAUUAAUAAAAUGCAUAAUCAAA